AGAGGCUCAGCCCGCCUAGAAGAUGCUGAGAUCGUGUUGCAGCCGCUCAGGGGCCCUGUUGCUGGCCUUGCUGCUUCAGGUCUCCAUGGAAGUGCGUGGCUGGUGCCUGGAGAGCAGCCAGUGUCAGGAUCUCACCACCGAAAGCAACCUGCUGGAGUGCAUCCGGGCCUGCAAGCCCGACCUCUCGGCUGAGACUCCAGUGUUCCCUGGCAAUGGUGACGAGCAGCCGCUGACCGAGAACCCCCGGAAGUACGUCAUGAGCCACUUCCGCUGGGACCGCUUCGGUCGCCGCAAUAGCAGCAGCGGCGGCGGCGCAGGGCAGAAGCGCGAGGACUUCGCGGCGGGCGAAGACCGCGGCCUGCUCCCUGAGGACGGCCCCGAGCCCCGCAGCGAUGGCGCGGAGCCGGGCCCGCGCGAGGGCAAGCGCUCCUACUCCAUGGAGCACUUCCGCUGGGGCAAGCCGGUGGGCAAGAAGCGGCGCCCUGUGAAGGUGUACCCCAACAGCGCCGAGAACGAGUCGGCCGAGGCCUUCCCCCUGGAGUUCAAGAGGGAGUUGGCCGACCAGCGGCCCCUGGCGGGAGAUGGCCCCGACAGCCCUACCGACGAGGGCGCGGGCGCCGAGGCCGACCUGGAGCACGGCCUGCUGGUGGCGGCUGAGAAGAAAGACGAAGGACCGUACAGGAUGGAGCACUUCCGCUGGGGCAGCCCGCCCAAGGACAAGCGCUACGGCGGCUUCAUGACCUCCGAGAAGAGCCAGACGCCCCUGGUGACGCUGUUCAAAAACGCCAUUAUCAAGAACGCCUACAAGAAGGGCCAGUGAAGGCGCAGCGAGACCCCGGAGCUUCCUUCCCCGGGGAGGUCGACCCCAAAGCCCCUUGCCCUCCCCAGCCCUGCUGCCGCCUCCCAGCCUGGGGCAGAUGGUCGAGGCAGAUAUUCAGCCUCUUAAAGCUGUCUAUAGUUAGGAAAUAAAACCUUUCAAAUUUCACAUCC